CGUUAAAACUCCCUAAAAUACAAAGAAGAAGAAGAAGAAGAAGGAGGAGGAGAAAGAAAACGAAGAGAAGGAGGAGAUAAGAAACUAGUUACUGCUACUCUGAAGGUUAAAUUGAUUAGGAUUUGAGAAACAAAGUGACCGAGGACCAUGCUGAGGGCUUGUCUGAGAGGAGCUAAUGCCACAGCCCGGAAGAACUUCGGGAGAACCCGUCUAAACAGUCUGCAACACUGUCGGCACUACACAGCAGGACAGAGCAGCGGUGCUGCUAAAGUGGUUGCUGCUGGCUUGGUGACUGUAGGCGGUGGUGUUGGAGGCACAAUACUCUACGCCAAAUGGGACCCCAAGUUCAGAGCAGCCGUGGAAAACACUGUUCCAUACUCAGACUGGCUGUUGGGUAUGGCUUUAGGACCCGCUUCUCAAGAUGGCGGACUCCCCAUCAAGAAACAGAUGGGGUUGGCCCAGCCUCCCUCUCUGAUGGAAAAACAGGCGAAGGUGUCCAAAGCCAAGUCAGAAAAAAAGGUGAAGGAGGCAGCAGAGAAUCCGGCCAAAGAGGCGAGUCCUGUCCCAACACAGCCUGCACAGAGCAUAGAGGAGGCUUCAGCAGAGGCGACUCAUAUCAUCUCAGCCAUCAGUGAGGUCCCAUCAGUCCCUGCUCCAUGUGACACAGAGGCAGCAGCAGCCAAAGAGGAGUGCAAAGACUGCCAUGACCAUAAGGAUGCCCCAGUGACAGCAGCAGUUCACCCUGACGCAGAGUCACCUGCGGCAGCAGAGCCACUGAAAGAACGUCCAGUAGAGGAAGUGGCAGCUAGACUGGCUCAACAAGACCAGGAGGAACAGGACAUCCUAGCAUCUGUAUCAGCCAGUCUUGAAGACUCACUGGCCAGCUCGGCUAAAGCUGCACUGCAGGCCAUUGGAGCUCAGGAGGCAGCCCUGCAGGCUAUCACACGGCACACACACAAACUGAAGGAGGCUAUGGAAGCAGAGGUUCCACCUCAGGAGAAGUCAGCCCAGUGGAAGGAUCUAGAAGCUGCUCUUGCUGAAAGAACCUGCGCUGUGAAUGAUGCUGGAAGUGCUCUGUUGAAAGCCAAUGAGGCCUUGGAUGGACUCAAAUCAGUGAUUGACAAGGCUAAUGGCUUGAAGGUCACUGCUGUUCGCCCACUGGUUUUAGCAGCAGAGGAGAAUCUCCAUAACAUGGUGGUGGACUUGGACAAAGUGGUCACUAAGGUGCAGUCUGCAGAGUCUGAAGCUAAGAUAGUCUCCCAGUACAGUGAACUGGUUAAUGAAGCCAAACAACAGUUCCAGAGGGAAGUAAGCAGCCUUACUCCAGAGAUCCAGGCCAACUGGAAGGGGCUCACUGGUAAACUGUCAGCGGAUGACCUUAACGCCCUGAUCGCCCACGCACACCGUCGCAUUGACCAGCUGAACCGAGAGCUGGCUGAGCAGAGAGUCCGAGAGCAGAUCCACAUUGAUGCAGCGUUGGAGCAGCAGAAGCUGGAGGACCAGAAGGCCCUGGACAAAGCUGUUAGCACCGCCCUGCAGCACAUCAAGGAGGAGGCCCGGCUGGAGCAGGAGAGGAGGCUGUCGGAGUUAAGGGAAGUGAUGGAGGCAGAGAUGAGGACUCAGCUCCGGCGUCAGGCGGCCGCUCACACAGACCACGUCCAAGAUGUCCUCAAAGUCCAGGAGCAGGAGCUGAGAGCUGAUGCUGAGCAGGUCCUGAGCAGCAAGAUGCUGGAACAGGAGACCCGCUACCGUCAGCUAAGCCAGGAACAGCUGGAUAACUUCACUCUGGAUAUGAACACUGCCUACGCAAGACUGAAGGGGAUGGAGGAGGCCAUAGACAGCCAUGUGGUAGCAGAGGAGGAGGCCCGUAAAGCUCACCAGCUCUGGCUCUCUGUGGAGGCUCUCAACUACACUUUAAAGACUGCUGACGCUGAUUUCCCCACCAUGCCUCUAGAGAGCGCUGCUCAGGCCGUGCGAGACAGCUGCCACGACAACGACUUUGCCUUGGCUCUGUCAUCGGCUCUUCCAGAAGAAUCCCUGCACCGCGGCGUGUACAGCGAGGCCUCUCUCCGCGCCCGCUUCAACUCCCUACGAUCGCUGGCCCGCCGGGUCGCCCUCAUUGACGAAUCUCACAACUCCUUGUACCAGUAUUUCUUGUCCUACCUUCAAGCUGCACUGCUGUUUGAGGAUAAACAGGAAGCCCCACCCGCCCAGCUGUGCAGUGAGGAUUUAGACCCAUUCAAGCUUCUGUCAUAUGCUAGCUACUGCUUAGAGCAUGGGGAUCUGGAGUUAGCAGCUAAACUGGUGAACCAGUUGAGAGGAGAGGCCAGGAGAGUGGUGGAGGACUGGCUGACUGAAGCCAGACUCACACUGGAAACCAAGCAGGUAGUCAGUUUGCUGUCUGCUUAUGCAAAUGCUGUGGGGUUAGGAACCACCCAGGCUCCAUAGGCUGCCACGCUUCAUUUAACCUGGCAACCCUUAAAGGAACCCUCCACUGAAAAUCUCUGAGUAUCAAGAAGUCCCCACUGUAGGCUUGAAGGUCUCACAAGAGACUUUCUGUGGUGUAUUCCUUUAAGAUAACUGAAGUUAACCAAGUGAUGGAUGUUAAGAUGCAACAUAAGUUUAUUUGUUUUAAAGCACUAAGUCACUGUGGACGAUUCUUUGUAAAAUAGAACUGAUGCACCCUCUCAGUCUAGCCUUGUCAAUUCAGGCCCACAGGUUUGGUUCAGGUAUUUAUUUCUGGCUAAUUUCUUUUUCCCAAGUUAUUGUGGAAAAUGAAUCCUAACAUUGAUUAAAGAAUUUGUCAUGCUGCAUUUUAUUUUUGUCAAUACUGCACAUGUCACAAUAAAUCAUGAACAAGAA